AUGGGUCUUGCAGCCCUGGUAUCCCUGACCGAUGAAUUGAUCGCCGCCGUGGUCAAAUUCCCCGCUGACCAGAAAGAGUCCACACGCGUCUUGAACCUCAAGCGCCGGGUUCAGGGAUCUUUACGCCCAAGUGGUCAUAGUCUCACUGAUCAAUUUGCGGUGGCCCGCCAGCUGGAAGGCCUGCAGGAGAAAUUCCAGGUCGUCAAUCGAGAUGAAUUGGCUGAGGCUCUGCGGGAACGCCUCGUGGAAUUAGAGGGUUAUCGCAGCUCUUGGACCCCAGAGAUCCUGAGCUUACUCCUGCAACUAUCUGAUCGCCCAGCUACAUUAUCAAAGUUGGACAAUCUUUCCAAGCCAAUCCAGGUACCGGAGGAGGAGUCAUUGUCAUUGUAUGAGAAGGGCCUGGGCGGUGCCUUCGGUGAAGAAGACAUAUGGGAGCAGGUGGAUUUCACUGCAGACUCAUCAGAUGAUGAAUUAGCUUCCCUCUCCAGCGAAGAGUCGCGUCCUCGAGCUCCGCCUCGCACCCCUAGUUUCUCAGAACAGGACUAUGUUAUUCCAGACGAAAUCUUUGUUUCGGGAGAGGACAAAGAACUCAUCGCCACUAUAGAAAAAGUUCAGUUUUGGAGACCAGAAAACUAUCACCAUGUCACUCAACGGGACCAAAAUCCGUCUCGAGUCAUCACUGAAUUGCAGCUGGCUAGAGAAACAAUCUUCAUGCUGCAGGGUCUGCCAACCUCCAUCUUCUGGCGCCUGGAUGAUGAUGUCGAAAUGGAUCACAGUUAUAUUCUUGCACAUUCAUCCAGAAAAGCCCUAUCCUCACUUUUGCAUUCGUUCACCGAGAUUGGUGCUAAAAUCGAUGCCGUACGACGGUUCACCCACAUCCCGCAGACUAUCCCUUAUAUGCAGACCUUCAGCCGGUGCCUUGAGGAACGUCUACUCGAGUUCGACAGUCUGCUUUCUCAAACGCAAUGUCGAUAUCUUUCUCCUGGCUCGACAGUCAGCCUUCUCCAGCUAUUGGAUGACGUCCGCCUGCGUUCUCACCAUCUAUUGGUUCUGGCCGAUCUCAUUACCAGAUUGAAACAAGAUCACAUACAACCAAUGCGGUGCCUCGACUUGCUCUAUGAUUCAGUAUGCAUGCAAGAAGCCGUUGGUGAUGAAAAUGCAACUAAAAGGCUCAGUGCGCUCUUCUUUUCGUGCUUCAAGACGUAUACUCGAUCCAUUCAGCUUUGGAUGGAGACUGGACAAGUCGAUCCUCUAGACACUGCUUUUUUCGUGCGGGUGAACCGGGAAAACAGAGAUUUACGAAAUCUGUGGCAUGACUGGCAUGUGCUCGAUGAGGGUCUCAAUCGACAAAACAUUCCUCAGUUCCUAGAGCCUGCCGUUAACAGAGUCUUCACAACGGGAAAGAGCAUGGUUUUCUUACGACAUUUGAACGCGCUUCCAGAACGACCAGAGUCUUUUGAAACCCCGGAAACACUAUUUGACCAUCAUAAAUUCUCAGAGCCAUCCCUUAUAUCUCUUCCGUUCUCUGCUUUAGUGGAGUCGACUUUUGACAAACUGGUUGAUGCCAACCACUCCAUCAGUGCUGGAAUUCUACGAGCCGAACUUGACGAACAAUGCGGUUUAUGGAGCUCCCUCGAUGCUCUAGAGCAUGUUUACCUUGGAAAAGAUCUAAGCAUACUCGGAACAAUCGACACUAAGAUCUUCGAAUUAAUGGACCGAAGUCGCGCUUGGGAUGACAAGUUCUUGCUCACCGAAGUAACACGAACAGCAUUCAGCGUCAUGCCUGAGAUCGAUCUAUCUAGGCUUAUUGUCCGAUCUGACGGAUCCUCACACCACGAUCAGAACAGAUCUGUCCACAUCCUUGAAUCGGUAUCCAUUGACUACGUCUUACCAUGGCCCAUAGCAAACAUUAUCACUCAAGACGCGAUCCAGUCAUAUCAAAGCAUCGCCAGAUUCCUUAUGCAAAUCCGACGUGCAAAAUACGCCCUCGUCAGACAACGCGUACGAGAUGCCCGUGUUCCUACCGAUGAAAGCGCACAAACCCUCGUCCAUGGUCUUCACCAUCACCUCCUCUGGUUCCUAGACAUCCUCUACUCACACCUUACCUAUUUCGUGAUAUCAACUGCAAACCAAUCAUUGCGCUCCACACUCUCCAACACCGAGGAUGUGGACGCCAUGAUCGCUGCUCACCAGUCCUAUAUGUCCUCUCUCGAAAGCCAGUGUCUCCUUUCAGAGAACCUUGCUCCAAUCCAUGAGCUCAUAAUCACCCUUCUGGAUUUGUGCAUCCACUUUGCAGAUUUGCAAGCUGUACACGCGCAUGCGAUCGCUGCCUCGGAAGAUGGGAUGUCAGACUCUCGUUUCAUCCCGAGUAAAUCGCGGCGCAACGGGAUCGAUAAUUCCUUUGAUAGCGAUUCAGACGAGGAUGAGGACGAUGGUCUUGACCAUGAACAGACUAUGACGAUCUCGUUCAGAGAAUCGCCGUAUGAACUCCAAAUGCAGAAUCUCAAGCUUCAAUUCGACCAUUUGGUGGGGUUUGUUGCGGAUGGGUUGAAGGGAAUUGCUCGUGCGGAUGGUCUGCCAAGCUGGAACAUUUUGGCGGAAAGGCUGGAGUGGAGGAAGCGUUUGGCCUAG